ACCAAGCCAUCCAGUUCAAAUCCUUUUCUGGGCUCAGUCUCCAAGAACAAGAACAACACACCCAAAUAUGUACUGUGAUAAUGCUUCAGAAUUUGAUCUCAGCCUCUUGGAAUCCAUUCGUCGGCAUCUUCUCAAAGAUGAUUUCGAUAAAUUCAUUCCAGCGAAAAAUGAUGAUGCGAUUAUUUUCGAUCAAUGGAUAAACUUUGAUCAGUUGUUUGUUGAUGCAUCGGAGGAGAAGGUCUCUGUUAAUAAUGUUCCAUUCCCCAGCUCCGAAUCGACUGUCCAGAAACCCCACGCGCCGCCGAAGAAGGCACAUUAUAGGGGUGUAAGGAGAAGGCCGUGGGGGACAUACGCGGCGGAGAUAAGGGAUCUGAAGCGGAAGGGAGCGAGGGUCUGGCUCGGUACUUACGACACUCCGGAAGAUGCUGCACUUGCUUACGACAGAGCGGCUUUUAAAAUGCGUGGCUCGAAAGCCAAGCUUAAUUUUCCAAACCUCAUCGGCUCGGAUCAGGCGGAGCUGAUGAGAGUGACCGGUAGCAAGCGAAGAGUUUCAGAGCCAUCUUUAUCUUCUUGUUCAUCGACUCAAUCGCCGUCGUCUCCGUCGACGUUGGACGACCCGACUCCGAAUCGAAACGGAGAGGGAAUGAGAUUAACUGUUCGAUUAAGACAGAAUUUGAACUAGAUGUGUAUCAGUUGAUGAUGCCAGCUGAAUUUU